CAGACUUCGUCGUUUCUAAAUCUUGCUUAAGUCCCUUUGCUAAACAUCGCUUAUAGACUAAUAAAUUAUAUAUUAAAUUAAUAAACCUAAACAUGGGGCAGAUAAUCCGAAAUAAUUAGUAUUGGAAUAUAAAAUAACCUAUUUUUGCUAUAAGGCUUUUACAAGCGUUUUGGUGUUCUAUUUAAUUUUAUCAGCUGCCCAGCCUGCCUUGUAUUUCAUGAAAUUAUAAUUUUUACGAUUCAGUCUAUACAUAGUACAUAAAUGUGUGCUGGUACAAAGUAUAUAUGAUAUUAAUACAUAAACCGCAUAUAUACACAUAAACGUGACGACGAAUAGCCUUUUAUGCAGUCUAUAGGCUAUGGCGACAUGGUGUACCAGUCUAUUAGUAAUUCUAAUGACAUUGACAUUUGACAGUAUGAAGAUGCUGGCCAGUGACGGUUUUAUAUUUGAAAUUUGAAUUUGUGUUGGUUGUUAAUUGUGUGCCUCGCAGUGCUAGACUUAAAAAUGUCUUGUGCUUGAAACAUAUUAUUUUGUAAUAUUCACCUUUUUUUCAGGUUUAAUAUGGAGAACGGAUUCGAUUUAAACGCGUUGUUGACUAAUUAUGGACAUCUCCAUAAAGUCAAACCACAACAAUUUACAAGUGUAUCCAAUGGCGUUAAAAAACGUCUUGAGACCACCAUAAAGCGCAGACAUAGCUGUCGACUUACUAUUUUUGAUAAACUCAGAAGUUUACCUCAAAAUAGUCCAGUACCAAAAUUAACUAAAGAAGAGAAACUUAAACAAAAAGCUGAAGAGAGAAAGUUGCAACUGGAGAAAUGGAAACAAGAAAAAGAAAAAAAGAAAAAGCAUGCUGCUGCUAUUAAAAAAAAGCCAUUUGUUGUAGGUGCUGUAAGGUCUGCACCUAAGCUGGAGCAGUUACCAAAAAUAAUGCCUAGCACAUCAGGUAGAGUUACAAGAUCACAAGUAAAAAAAACAACUAUAACAAAACAAUCUCCAACCAAAACAAGGAAAUCAUUUGCACCUGAGAAUGCAACUUUUUGUCCUCCUAUAAUUAAAGGAAUGGAAGAAAUUCCUGUCUUAAUUUUGCCAUCUUCCCGAAAAGGAAAAUUAACAAUGGUUAGUUUUGAACCAGUUAUAUCAGAAAUCAAAUUAAAUAAUAUUUAUACUGAUACUGUAGAAAACAAGAAAAAUUUUAAAGUUGGAGGGAAUAACAGAAUAAAGAAAAAUCAAACGGCAAAAAAAGUUGAAUCUUCACAAUCUGAUGAAAGCGAAUCUGAUAAACCUCCAACCAGAAUUGCCAAAAACUUAAAUAACUCGAAAAAAAAUAAAACCAUUACUAAACAUACUUCUAUCAAGAACUCUGUGUCUAUAAAUGAAGAACACUUUAUAGAUAAACCUAAAUAUUCUAGAGGCAAAGAAAAUAAAAAAAAGUCUGACAAGCUCCAAAAAAAGCAGAUACUAUCUGAUCAUAGUAGCCCUGAAGAAAUGACAGAAAAUAUUAUUAAAGUUUCUCACAAAAAGGAAAAUGGAAAAAGAGGAAAGCUGAGUGCUAUCACAAUCACUAGUUCUGAAGAUAGUUCACCCAUUGACAAAAGAAAUACAAGAAAAUCUGUACAAAGAGAGAAGAACAACAAAAAAACAAAGGAAUUGGAUUUAAUAGAAAUUAAGGAUGUACCUAUACCUUAUAUUAACUUAGAUAGCACAAACUCUUCACUCAGUCAGUCACCAAUUGUUAAGACUAGAAAAUCUAAAUCAUUGCCUACUACUGAUACAGGGUCAAUGAGAACCCCAGUGAAACCUAUACCAAAUAGCGAAUCUAGUUCUGAGGAGAGAUUGCGCUCUCCUCCAGAAAUUCCACUAACACCAGAACAGAUUUCAGAGAAAGCAAACCUACACAGUCCAUGCAUCACAACUUCCCGAGGGAAAGAUAAUGCUAGGCGGGAAAUGCAAAAGAAACUUAAAGAAGGUCAUCUCGCUGAACAUAUUGAAUCUAUGGACACCGUGAACCAUUUCCACCGUCAGUUGAAUAUGGAAACAAAUCGGCUGACGGAGAUGGCCGACCACUGGGAAAAUAUUUUGGAACAGAAUACGCUGCCUGAUUUUGUUCAGGAGGCAAUACUCGCAGCGGUCGGACAGGCCCGACUACUGAUGUCCCAGAAGUUCCAGCAGUUCGCCGGUCUCGUGGAUAGCUGUGACGCGGCAGACCCGUCCCAACCGCUGGUGACUCCGGUAGAUCUGCAGGGCUUUUGGGAUAUGGUGUAUAUGCAAGUGGAAAACCUAGACGUUCGUUUCGCGAAGUUAGGGGAGAUGCAGGCUCGAGGUUGGGCGCCGGAGGCCCAGAAGCCUCGAGAGAAGAGGCGCAAAGCACCUCCACCGAAAGCAGCCAAACCUGCCACCACCAGCCGCAUUAAGGAUAUGAUUGCCGCCGCUCGUAAGGCCAAAAAGGAGCAAGAAGUCCCAGAGAGUAGCAAGACCUUCGAGGCGGGGUUCUUCAGCGUGCAGUCCCCGAUCCGAAGUCCGGCCCCGGCCACCCCGAACAAGCCCACCACUCUGUUGAAAGCCGUUCUCUCCAGCGAGGCCAAGAAGGCGUCUGCUUCUAAGAAUGCCGCUUCUUACGCGAUGCUGCGAGCGUCAAUGAUCGGAAAGAACAUUGAACCGGAAUAUGAUUCCAGUAGUUUGAAUUUAAUACAACUCACACCCAUAAACCUAAAAGCGACACCCGGCCGCAGCAUUCUCAAGUCUGGAGCCAAAAACACCCGCAAAUCCCUUAAAAUGGUCCUCUUCGACAGUUCCGAUACCAACCCUCUAGAUUCUUCUCUCGAUAAAGACAUCAGCGGCAUCAAAAGACUCGAAAGUGAAGACUCACCGAGUUCGGAACUGGACAACCCUCAAGAAAUCGAAAAUGAACUGACCAAAGACAACGAAGACGUAGAAGAGGAUGCGGAGGAGUCUACGGGAAAGGAGAACAUUGAUGAGUCUAUGAAAAAGGAAAAUGACGCGUCUGAGGGUACUGAAACUAAAAAGACCAAAAAAGGGCGGAGUCCUAGAGUCACACGGCAGGACGCCUUCGAUUUCAGCCCGGUGAAGACUCGAAGUGGAAGAAAAUCUGAUAAUACCAGAAAGGAAGUACUUCAAGAAGCAAACGUGAACACACCGAGAAGGUCCUUGAGGAGAAAAUCUACGAUGACUAAAUAAGUCAUCCUGAAACAUCUUUGGAACAUUUCUCCUCUUUUGUUCGAUAAUACGAGACAUUAACAAUGCAUUUUAAAAAACUUGUUCCUUUAAUUCAUUAUUUUGACCAAAAAUCUAUGGACAUUAGAAAAAUAUAUUUGUAAGUCAGAAUAGUCAUUAAUAAUGUUUGAUUAUAAUUUGGUUUUUCUGAUGAAUAGUGAAACUCCAUUCAGUUACACGCAAACUACUGAUUAUUUUUAGGUAUUUUUAUUAAGCUUUGAACAACAUUAUAUCUAGUAUAAUUAACAUACAAAUCUUCAAAUCAUUCUUUGGUUUUACAUGCCAUCUUCUUUCUUCUCAUAUUUAUUAAUUACGAUAUUUUUGAUACAUACUCUAUCAUUUAUAAAACAUUUGUAUUUUUAUAAGGAAUAAACUGGAUAGCUACUCGACUGAUUAUAAAGUUAUAUCACAAUUAGAAGUAGCAUAGUCUAUAUUAUCCAAAAUGUCUUAAAAUGUAUUAAUUCUGGAAAUAAAUAUUCCCAGCCGCGGGUAGCGGCCAGCGUAUUGUAUAAAUGCUGGAAUGUUGUAAUCAUUGGUUUAAAAUAUGUAAAUAAAGGUUUUCUAUUGUUUUUUCAAAUUAAGAUAAUUUUGCUUAAAAGCUAUUUUUUUUCAAAGUAUUGACUGUUUUAUGUUAGUUUUUUUAUAGUCUGUAGUCAUCGAGAUGAUUGUAAUAGAAAUUGUACUAGCUUUAAUAUUUUUAUUGGAUUAGUACCUAAUAUGUAAUAUGUAGUGGAUUUGUCACGUAUUAAUGUUUUUAAAUAAACAAAUAAAAUUAUUUAA